GGGGGAGGCAUAUACGGUUUUAACAUGGUUUGGCAUUGUCGCCACAGUCGGCUAGCACAGCGGCCGCGCAGAACUUGCGCACGCGCACUCGCGAAGUAGCCCGCCCGGUGGUUUUCAAAACGUGAUAACGUAUAAGUGUUUACAAAUACAGUUGCUGACUGCAGUGCUUGUGCAGGCGGAUCGAACCAUGCCCUAGACACGGAUGGGAAUGCUAAUGCAGCAGUAAAGCUGCCUGUUUGGAAAACAUGUGCAAAAACAACAAAAUGGGAAGCGGUAGAUUUGGUUUUGCCGUUAACAAGAAAGACAAAGUGAAUGUUACGAAUGAAGUGAAGACUGAGUUUAGUGUUAAGGAAAAAUGUCAGAAAAUACAGAAGAAACUAAAGACUGAAAAGAAGAAGACUGAAGACGCGCAGGAGAAAACGAUCUGGUGGAAUCAAUGUAGCAGUCUAAGCGAGAUCGAUCAGUAUCUGUGGAUGGUGGGGGGCUCAGCUGGUGCUCUGGCUUUGACCGGGGUCGCAGCCGCAUCGGCCUUCUAUCUAAGUACACGACCGAAACCAGAGAAACCACUCGUGACGCUACACGAACAGAGCCUCCUGGAGUCUGGACCUGAGAUGGUUCGUGUUUCGAAAUUCUACAAAGACGCGAAGAACGGACGUUUCCUACGAUAUCUUCACGAGGAUACACGCACACUUUACGACACUUUCCGACGAGGCGUAAAAGAGUCGAACAAUGGCAACUGUUUGGGUUGGCGCGAGGGUCCGAACAAGCCUUACGUUUGGCAGACAUAUAAUGAGACUCUACUGCGCGCAAAGAAUUUUGGUUCCGGUCUGCUCUGUCAAGGUCUCAUUCCCGGUCAGACUACAUUUGUCGGUAUUUAUUCGCAGAAUUGUCCUGAAUGGAUUAUGACCGAACAGGCGGCGUAUUGUUAUUCGAUGGUUAUAGUUCCGUUGUAUGAUACGCUAGGAGCGAACGCUUGUGCCUUCAUUGUUAACCAAACUGAAAUGGCUGUAGUAAUUUGUGAAGACGACAAAAAAGCCAAUCUCCUACUGGAUCAGUCGCCUCGAUGCCUCAGAAAACUGAUUACAAUUAAGGAAGUAUCGCCGUCUACAUUUCAACGCGCCAAGAGCCGUGGUGUUGAGAUUUUGAAGUUCUCUGACGUCGAAAUACAGGGAGCUCAAAAGGACCAUCCUUUUGUCCCACCGAAACCGGAAAACCUUUGUACAAUAUGUUAUACGUCCGGAACGACUGGGAUGCCUAAAGGCGUUAUGCUGACUCACGAGAACGUUGUAGCUUCGAUGUGCAGCGUUACGAUGCAACUCGGCGAGCAUCGACCCACCAAGAACGACAUCAUGAUCUCCUUCCUGCCUUUAGCUCACAUGCUGGAGCGAUGCUGCGAGAAUGCUCUCUACAUGGUGGGAGGAGCCGUUGGUUUCUACAGUGGCGAUAUAAGGAGGCUGGGCGAUGACCUCACCGCUCUUAAGCCGACCAUGAUGCCGGCUGUUCCACGUCUCCUGAACAGACUGUACGACAAAGCCCAGACUGAGAUCGCCAACUCGAAAAUCAAGAAAUUACUUUUCAACAUGGCGCUAUCCGCAAAAGAAUCGGAAUUGAAGAGAGGAAUAGUUCGUGCUGACUCGAUAUGGGACAAGUUAGUUUUCCGCAAGGUUCGAGAAGGUAUGGGAGGACGACUUCGGAUAAUGGUCGUCGGAUCAGCGCCUUUAGCAGGAAACGUACUGACUUUCGCGAGAUGCGCCCUCGGUUGUUUGAUCGUGGAAGGCUACGGUCAGACAGAGUGCACUGCGCCGGUGACGCUAACAGUUCAGGGAGAUCAUGUUCCUGAACACGUCGGCCCUCCCGUCGCUUGUUGUAAAGUGAAGCUAGUGGACGUGCCCGAAAUGGAGUACUAUGCGGCGCAGGGCCAGGGUGAGGUUUGCGUGCAGGGAGCUAACGUCUUCAAAGGAUACUUCAAGGACGCGGAGAAAACCAGAGAGGUCAUCGACCAAGACGGAUGGCAUCACACCGGCGAUGUCGGCAAGUGGUUACCUAACGGUACCCUGAAAAUAAUCGACAGAAGAAAACACAUUUUCAAAUUGUCACAAGGCGAAUAUAUAGUUCCUGAGAAAAUUGAAAACAUUUACAUUAGAAGUCAGUACGUUGAGCAAGUCUUUGUUCACGGUGAAUCAUUGAAGUCCUGCGUGGUCGCUAUAGUUGUACCGGACGUGGAUGUCGUUAAAUGCUGGGCUUUAGAAUACGGUAUCAAAGGAACCUUCUCAUCUCUGUGCGAGGAUGAACGAGUCAAGAAGGUCAUCAUGGAGGACAUGCUUCAGUGGGGCAGGAACGCUGGCCUGAAAACUUUUGAACAGGUAAAAGAUAUAUACUUGCAUCCGGAUCCGUUUUCGGUACAGAACGGCCUACUGACGCCAACGAUGAAGGCGAAGAGACCAGAAAUACGAAGUUAUUUCAAACCGCAAAUAGAGGACAUGUACAAGCAACUUGAAUAACGGUAGCGAGCACAAUGCACUAAUUAAACUGUAGAGGCAUGCUGUUUGACGGAGACGAACUUUAGUGGAUGGCUGUAAUAUUGUAAUUGAUAAUGAAUACUCGUACAUACUUUGAAUUCGAUAGAAGAAGAAGUAAAUUCGAUAACGCAAUGUAAUUUGUAAUGAAUGAUGAGUGAAUAAGUUGGGAAAUUUGAUUUAAAAAAAAAACGAAGCUUGGGCAAUGUGGGGUUGUUUAUCUUAUUUCGUUGUAUGUUUAAACGUGAGUCGACUAUUAUCAAAGCCGACAAUGUGACUUUUGGACAAUUAUUGGUAAAUCAGAAAAACGAAUUAUUGACUUGGUAUUCCAUUGGCAGUCAUAAAACUCUUCUGAACGACUUCUUAGAUAAAUAACAGGUUAAGUAUUAACCUUUAUUUAAUGCAGGUUUUGAACCGUAUUCUUUGAAGGAGACGAAUAUAUUCAAAUCAAUCUGUAUCGACAUAUCAAUAACAUUUUUUUGUCCAAAUGCACAGAUUGCCACCUUUGAUAAUAGACGACUCACGUAACAGCAAAUCCCAUUCAAAAGAAACCAUUUUGAGGAAAACGCAUCGAAACUAGUCCUAAGAUGGCGUAGCAAUUUAAAUUUUAGAGAUGAGUGUAAAGAAGAGUGAGUGAGAAAAUCUCGCUAUCACUGUUGCACGCCCACGACUUUAUGGUAGUGACGUCAUAAACUAUUUUGUGCAUUCUUUUGUUAUUCAGCUACCGUAACCACCAAGAUUUAAAAUAUUUCGAACUUACUCAUUUUUGAACUUGAUUGAUUGACUGAUUUAAUUUUUUGAUUGAUUUGUUCAAUUUUGGAUAACAUGAGUUUUGAGUAUAAUUAAAAUUCUCUUUGAACAUUUGUUUCGAAAUCGACGGAUUGCGUAUUAUCAAUUAAAUGUAAUGUGGACAAUAAUAUUGAGUUCGUGAAUGGCGUUAAUUUUACUGAAACCUAAUAUUAAUAUAAUUUGUAGAAUUAAAAUGUGACUGAAGAUUGGUUAUGUAAUGCUUACAUUGUUUGUUUCAUCACUUUUGCAGAUUGAGAUCAUCAUUUCGCUUACAUUCUGCUUAUUAUUACAUAUUUAUUGAUACAACUUAUUUGUUGAUAAUAAUUUCAAUAAGAGGCUAAUUUAUUCGAAUGUUAUAUCGAAAGUGAUGAAAUAAAUAACGAACUAACAUUAAGUACAACCGUUUUAUACUAUUCAUCACUUUUCACUCAAUUAAGCUGAUGCGGAAUUUAAACUCUCUAUAUUGUAAAUCAUAGAAGCUAAAUUGUAAAUAGGAAUAAUGAUAAUAAUGUCUAUUAGAAAGGCAAUAAGUAAACUAAAAAUUUGAAACGGAAACUUCGUUUCUUGUGCGGUCAAUUAAAUUUGAUUGGAUUUUUAAUCUUACAACAUGCAUUUUGGAUAUACGCAUAUAACAGACAUUUCUAGAUUAAACUUUAAGAUCAUCAUUUUUUGGGAUAUUUGUCUUUUUGCUUUCAUUUACUAUUGUUCGACACUUACAGUCGAUUACGAUAAAAUAAGAUCCACUGAAGAGCUUGAGCUACAAUCGUUGAAAACAAAGUAAUUAAUUAUAUGCUAUGAUGCAGCAAAUUAUUACCAAACGCAUUGAUAAAAAUAAUAAAUAUUCCUCGGAGCAGCGAUUUCGUAAUUAACUUAUUUAAUUAAAGAAGUGAAAUGCAGUGUUGUUUCUUUUCAAACAAACAAAAACAAAAUUACAUAAUAUUUCACGUAUAUUUAAGGACAAUCGGCACUUUUUUCUCGGUAGGGCAUGUUUUUGAUUCGUGUGCCUGUGGAUAAUGUGCGUCGCGAUUAAAACUGGAUUCUCAUCAAUAGCAGAAGCUACAUCGAUAUCACUUAAUUUUUUGGUUACAUAAUGGAGAAUGGUAUUUUGAAAUUGUUUAGCACAAUAAUGUGGAGUUACAGAAUAAUGUUCACGUAUUAACAACGACUGGGCCUUUGUGUUUCAUGAAUCAACUGGUAUAGAUUCCGAAUUAAUUUUAACUAUGUUAAGGGAGAUUCGUUGUACCUAACCCGUGCAUCAGCCCGCUGAGUUUCUCGCCGGAUUUUCUCAGCGGGUCGCGAUUCGGAUUCGGUAGUAGAUUCAUUCGCGAAGCAGCUGCUCUUGAGCCGUUAUGUCUCCUUUGGAGACGCUCGGGUAGCUGUUAGUAAAUCCCACCCCUCCUGGUUGAGCCCUUGCUUGCCCACCUGUCCUGGUGAAACUGAAAAGGCCUCCGGGCCACUAGUAAUCCUUUAAUCAUAAAAAAGAGAUUCGUUGUGACCAGCGUUUCCAUCUGUGCUCAAUUUGGAAUUUGAAAAUUUGGACAUGUUUUUUUUUUCAAUUCCUUUUGAACGUUUGAUGUUAUGGAUACCGAAUCAUCUAAAAAUGACUCCCACCCUAUUUAGAGAUGAGAUCUUAAGUCGUUUACCUUUUUGCAUCUCUUGAAUUUCCAUUAAAUGUUUCCUCCUACUUUUAAAUUUCUUUGUUGUCUUCAAUUGGUGAGAUUUCAGUUUUGAUUCAGAAGUAUGAAUCUCCAAUAUUCUUAUGACUACUUUCAUGAUUUUUACACGGUGUGAGUAUGCGUAUGUUUAGGAUCACCUAAAGCACCAUGUAGUGGAUUUUUUUCGUAAACUCUUAGUAUUAAGUAAGUCGAUCCUUGCUUUGAGCGUAAGUCGAAAGGUUUCAUGUUGUUCAAACCAAAAUUUUGUUGUUAUCGGUGCAAGUUGUACUAUGAUAAUUUAUUUUUAAAUAAAAUUUAAAAAAAAUUAUAAUAA